CCCUCAUCGGAAAAUGCGUGGUUGCGAUAGGGGGUUUCCCUUUUUCAUGCACGCUAGUUUAGCCAUAUUAUUAUGCAUGAUGAUGCGCGCGCCAAGAUCAAUUAUCAUCACCGCCGGUACAACCAGGAGAACUUUGAGUUAAAGUUUCAAGUGAAUGUGUUUGAGCAUCAGCAGGCUUUCUGACCUUAUCAGCAUCGUUUUUCCAUAGGAACCCAAACCUUCAUCAGCAACACUUCCAGUGCAGUCAUGCCCAAACACAAAUCCAGCUCGAAUGGGGGGCCGAAACAGAAGAGGGCCCACAUUGCGUCCAUCCAAAGUGACCUAGGUGAAGAGAGCAAGAAAGGGGAACCAUUCAGCCAGUCUCAAAAUACCAGUAAUCAAAUUGAACGUAUAGAAGCAGGGCUUGGCAUCAUCGAGAAAAUAUCACUACAGAACUUCAUGUGCCACAAAAGGCUUGAGUGCAGCUUUGGUCCAAAUAUGAACUUUGUAGUUGGCUGCAAUGGGAGUGGGAAGAGUGCGAUGCUGAUGGCCAUAAUUGUAGGCCUGGGUGGAAGACCCAUCAUUCAUGGCUGUAGGGUAUCAUUUCGUCCCCUUGUAAAGGUGGGAAAGGAUGUUGCAGAGAUAUGCAUCAAGUUACGAAAUAGAGGAGAUGAUGCGUACAGGCCGGAAGUAUAUGGACCGUCCAUUACAGUGAUGACGAGAAUAUGCAAAGAUGGUAAUACCACCUACACGGUAAUGCUAGCUGAUGGUGAAUUCGUAUCAAGUACUGAGGAAGAUGUGUCUGACAUCAUGAAACAUCUCCAUAUCCAGGUUGAUAAUCCUUUAACUUUCAUGGAUGAGGAGACCAGUAAAAACUUCUUGCUCAAGCAAAGUGCCAAAGACAUGUACAAGCUUUUCCUGAAGGCAACACAGUUGGAGGAGGCCUCCAGAGAUGGCCGUGAAAUCAAGUUGAACAAGGAAACGAUAGAAGACUGUGUGAUUGAAUUAAAUGCAAAAUUACCUUUGCUAGAAAGGGAGCUAAGGACUUUAACGCAUCUUCAAGACCUAACUAAGAGAAAAGGGCCUACCAACCAGUCAUCUUUGGAACCUGGUGCAGAACCAGAAAGGGGUGAUGUCAAGAGAGUACAAGAAAGACGUGCCUCGAUCCAGCGCCAAGGGGAAGCAUUGAGACAGAGGCUUGGAGAUCUGUCCCCGAAACUGGACAUAGCUAACAACUUUGUGGAGGAACUCAAGACAAUUGUCAAGUCUUUAGAGAGGGAGAUCAAACUAGUCACCCCACUGGUCCGAGGUGAAGGAUCUGAUGAAAGUAACGUCUUGCCAAGAAUUAGGGUUAAAAAAGAGAGGGACAGCGAACAGUUUGAAGAGGAGAGGGUCGAUAGAGAAAGACAGAUCACUGCUUUGGUGGAAGAAAAGCGACAUCUUGAAGCACAGAAGCAGAAUGCUGUUAAAGAAGUGAAGCAGUUUGCCAAUGCUGUUAAAAGUGCUCAAAAACGCAUCAAUGGACUGCAAUUUGUAGAAGUUUAUGUGCCGACGCAUGCCAUAGCUGCCCGUGAGAGAAGACUGAAGAACCUUGAAGGAAGCCGGAAGAACAGAUUGAAGCUGUAUGGAGAUUACAUGCCAAACCUACUGGCUGAGAUUGAGCGUUCUGCUGCUCGGUUCCACAAGAAACCCCUUGGCCCAGUGGGAUCAUUCUUAAAGCUGAAGGAUGUCCGUUGGGCUCUUGGUGUGGAAUCUUGCCUGAAACGAUUGAUGUAUUCAUUCUGUUGUCAUGACCAACAUGAUUCAAGUAUUCUGAAAGACAUCAUGAAUCGUAUCAUCCCACAGAAUGCUCCACAACCUUCAAUCAUCACAUCAAGGUUUGAGCCUCGUGCUUGUGAUAUCAGUCAAGCAAAGGUACAGAGUAGGGACUUCCCCAGCUUUCUAGACAUCGUUGAUAUCAGCCAUCCUGUCAUUUUCAACACUCUUGUUGAUCAGCGUGGUGUGGAGAGUAUCUUACUGAUUGAACAGAGCAAGGAUGCCAGAGGUUAUCUGAGACACCAGCUCCGUACGAACUGCAGAGAGGCUUUCACUAUUGAAGGCGAUCAGGUGCUUAUUGGGGCUAAACAGGGGCUGUACUACUAUUCAUCUAUGCAGAGGAGCGCAAAGAUUCUGAGAGAUGCUUAUGAUGAGAUAAGUGAAACUAGGAGAGAUAUGAAUGAAAACCAAAGAGCAUUGAUUGAAAUCAAGCAGAAGUUUCAGGCAAUAAGACAAGAUGUGUCUAAAAAUGAGAAUCUGAUGAUUACUGCACAGCAACAGAGGAUGAAGCUAGAGGAUGAGAUUGGCAAGAUCAACAACCAAAUAACCCAGUUGGAGGCAGAAGGGGAAGAAGAAGAGGAAACCAAUGUUGCUGACUUGGAAGAGGAGGUUCAGCAGAUGGAGGCUAAAAUCAACGAACAAAAGAAGAAACUGGAGAGGUUCUCCAAGAACUUCAAGGAAGGUCGAAGACAGCUGUCGGAAGCAUCACAACAGUUCACGGUGGUGGAUGAUCAGAUCCAGGAACUGAGCUAUCAAGUAGACCCUCUCAAGGUCAAAACUGAGCCUAGCGAUGAAGCACACCCAGAUGAGGGACACCGUAAGCACUACGAAGAAAAGAAGAAAGAACUCUUGGAAAAACUUGCAAAUUUCCAGAAAGAAGUUGAUGAAACACAGUCAGAAAUAGAGGAAACUGUGUCAAAAGUUAGGCAGCUGACAAGACAUCGAUACAACACUGAAUUGGACAUUGAUGGAGACAUACAAGAAGUUCCAGAAGAUGCCAUCGAACAAGGUGAUGGACCACAAAGGAUGUUUGCGUCCAUCCAGAAGCAAAUAAGAGGCUUGAUGAAAACUGUGGAGAAAGUGAACAAAGUAAUUGAUCAGUGUGAUGUGGCCAAGAAAGACAUGCAUCAUUUUAUAGCACAGAGGACCAAGUACUACUUUAUAACUAUGAUGUCCUCUCUUGGCUAUUUGGGUCGUCUCAAGUUUGACCAUCCUAAAGAAGAACUGGUUAUCUCAGUUGAAUCGGGACGGAGGGGAAACGUGAAGGAUGAUUCCAUCAAGAAUAUAAAGAGUUUGUCCAGAGGCGAGAGAUCGCUCUCCACAUUGACUCUUAUCCUUGCUCUUUGGGAGUCUGUGGAAUCACCUAUCAUGGUCAUGGAUGGCUUUAAUAAUUUCAUGGAUAUGGUGAACAGAAAGAUCUUCAUUGACCUGCUGCUUCAGUUUGGCAGAGAACAAGCAACAUGCCAGUUUAUUAUCUUUACUCCAGUAGACAUUGGGGUCACCCCAAGUGAGUUUGUCCACAUAACCAGGCUUGAAGGCCCAGGGAUGGAUCUAGGAAACAUCAAAGAAGAACUGACGAAAGAGCAAGACUAGCAGUCACUGGUUCUGACAAAAAGAACACCUUGUAGGCCUGUGACAACAUUCCUCGUUGAACUAUGACAAGUUAAACUGGACAGAAGGAACAACUUCUUGUAGACCUGUGAUACUGUUCCUUCCUAAAACAGUGAUGACUAGUUAGUUUGAAAGAACAUCUUGUACACAUGUGACAACAUUCCUUGUUAAACUGUGACACCUUCUGGUAGACCUAUAACACCGUUCCUUCUAAAACAGUGAUAGCAAGCUAGAUUGGACACCUUCUCUUGGACCUGUGACACCAUUCUUUCUAAAACAGUGAUGACAAGUUGGUUUGGACAGAAGGAACACUUUGUAGACCUGCGAUACUGUUCCUUCUAAAUCAUUGAUGACAAAUUAUUUUGAACAGAAGGAAUGCCUUCCUGUAGACCUGUGACACCGGUCCUUCUAGAACUAUGACAACAGGCUAGUUUGGACAGAAGGAGCACCUUAUAGACCUGUGACACUGUUCCUUCCUAAAACUGUGAUGACAAGUUAUUUUGGACAGAAAGGAAUGUCUUCUUGUAUACAUAAGACAACAUUCCUCUUUUAACUGCCAUGGCAGGCUAGUUUGGACAGGAGGAAUACCUUCUUGUAGACCUAUGACAAAGGUCCUUCCUAAAACUGUGAUGACAAGUUAUGUUGGACAGAAGGAAUGCCUUCUUGUAUACAUUUGACAACAUUCCUCUUUAAACUGCCAUGACAGGCUAGUUUCGAUAGGAGGAACGCCUUCUUGUAGCUUUGUGACAACAUUCCUCCUUUAACUAUAACAACUAGCUAGUUUGGACAGAAGGAACACCUUGUACACAUGAGAUACUGUUCCUUCUAAAACAGCGAUGACAAAUUGUUUUGAACAGAAGGAAUGCCUUCCUUGUAGACCUGUGACACCGGUCCUUCUAGAACCUGUGACACUGUUCCUUCCUAAAACAGUAAUGACAAGUUAUCUUGGACAGAAAGGAAUGCCUUGUAUACAUAAGACAACAUUCCUAUUUAACCGCCAUGGCAAACUAGUUUGGAUAGGAGGAAUACCUUCUUGUAGACCUAUGACAAAGGUCCUUCCUAAAACUGUGAUGACAAGUUAUUUUGGACAGAAGGAAACCCUUCUUGUAUACAUUUGACAACAUUCCUCUUUAAACUGCCAUGACAUGCUGUUUUGGACAGGAGGAAUGCCUUCUUGUAGCUUUGUGACAACAUUCCUCCUUUAACUAUAACACCUAGCUAGUUUGGACAGAAAGAAAGCCUUCUUGUGGAUCUGUGACAACUUUACUCAUUCAUCUGUGACAAGAAGCUUCACAGAAAAAAGAAGUUUGUAGCAUUACUUUGUACUCAUAGGUAUGUGUGAAGAUAUUCAACUAAAUCCUGCCAGUGUUCCACUUUGUAAGAAUAUUUCAGAAACUUUGAUUACGUGUCUUCUUCUUUUUUAUUGUUAUAUGUAAGAUUUGUGGCUUAAAGGAGAAUGAAACCCUUGAAACCAGCUGAAUCGAUAUCAAAGAGAAAAAUCAAAGAAACAUAUUGUUGAAAGUUUGAGGAAGAUUGAAUGAAUAAUAAGAAAGUUAUGAGCAUUUGAAUAUUGAGAUCACUAAUGCCAUGUAGUUCCUCCCAUUGGCAAUGCGACCAAGAUCUGUGAUUUCACACACGGACAACUCCCUCAUUACUUAAGUACUUAUUUCACUUAUAUUCUCACUUUUAUAGAGUCUAUCACAAGGUGAGGUGUUCUCUUUAUGAGAGGACAAGUACAGAGGUUUCACAACAUUAUAUCAUUGAUGAAUCGUUUGUCAUAUGAUUAGAAUGAGCAAAAAGAGAUGUUUUGGGGUAUAUUUUCAGUGUCCAAAAGGGGAGAGUAGUUCAUCUGUGACAUCAUAGAUCUUGGUCGCAUUGCCAAUGGGAGGAUCUCCAUAGCAUUAGUGAUCUCGACAUUCAAAUGCUCAUAACUCUUCUAUUGCUAGUCCUAUUUUACUCAAACUUUUGUUGAUCUUAUUCUUUGAUUUUUCUGCUUUCACAAAAGCUAACUUGCUCCAAGAGUUUCAUUCUCCUUUAAUAGUAGUGAGGUCUGAAUGGAGAGAUUUAUCAUAUGUUACAAGUGCCUUUGAUGAUGCUGGUUCUUUGAGAAUUCAAACCUGUCGGGGCAGAGAACGGCUAUAGUGUAUGCCAGCCAGUGCUAGUAUUCAGUUCAGUGUUUGGAUUUAUCGAAACAUUUCUUUUUGCUGAUAAAUACAGUACUACUUAAAUUGUAUUAAAUUUAGUACUUUGCAAAUGUUAGUAAGGCAAAAAAAUACUAACUGAAAAGUAUUGAGAUGUCAUAUUGUUGUUGGCAAACAAUGUGCCAUAAACGCAAAAGUACUUUAUUGAUUCUGUGCAACUUAGGAUGGCUGCUUGCAAAAAUGUUUUACCUGCCAAUGAGAUUUCCUGAUUAUUUGCCUGAAGUGUGCUCAAAAGGUGUCUUCAAUUUAUGGUAAAAUACUUGACCAAAUUCAUGAAUUGAAUGCCGAUAUCAGCAAAGUGUUCUAUCCAGUCAAAUAUCUAAGUAAAAUAUUCAAUUUUCUGGCUUAAGCUUUGAAUUGAGUACCUGCCUGGUUCCGUGAUUUCAGGUUGAUAGGUUGUCUUUGAACCUUGUUGAUAUGCUUCACAUCAAGGGAACAUAUGAUAAAGCAUUAGUCAGCGAUUUUCUCUGAUAAAUGUUAUAAAGAAAUGUUAGCAUCUACAUGUAAGUGGAAUAUGUAUGCUUUUUUUAAUGAAAAUGAUCUGAUUGGUUUGGGGUGUCAAGGUUAGACAUCAAGCUCACAGAUUUUGUGAAAUCCAUGAAAUAAGAACCAUGAGAUAAACAAUGUGAUUAGAAUAAUUUGACGGUUUUCACAAUAUCAGAAUAAAAUAUUCAAUAUGUUUCAGAUCUGACAAUGGUGGAGGCAUACAUUUCGACUCACUGCAGUUGUGAAUCCAUGUAUUUGAAUUGCAUUGUCACACACAGAAACCAGUAUAACUAUGAAAAGUUGUUUCUGUCAAUAUUUGAGAUAUAUAAAGACUUGUAUCUCCCCUUAUAUCAAUGAAAGACCAAAACCAUUACACAUCAAACUCGCAAUCAAAUCCUUGACAGUAGAUAUUAUAUUAACCUAUACACUAAGCAACUCACUUGGCAGCUCUUCUUCAUCUGGAUUUUUUAUUCCUCAGAUCUGUGUUUUUCAGCAGAUAAAACAAUGUACUUCAUACAAUAUAUUUGUAUUAAAAGGUGUUACUGUUUUUUUAA